AUGGCAGUCGCGACGCCAACGGUAUCCACGCUGCUGAAAGCGCUACGACAGGCCACGACCCCCGCUGCAGUCUCAAGCGCAACGGAACAGAUCGUUGACCGUCUCAUCUCCACUUCCUCGCUAAAAGAAUCGCAAAAUCUGGUCUUUGGCUUACAACAAGAUUCCCAAUCAUCUGUAAAUUUGUAUGAAAUAUUGCAACAAGCUGCAGCCGUUUGUACCGAACCCUCGAGCAAGGCCGAAUAUCUCGGGUUUGUGUUACUUCAGACGAGUAUCCAAAUAUUAGAACCAAGCCACGUCUCUUUCCAGCGUCAAAUGUUACUUCAGGUAUUUCAUGCAAACAAAAACGUGUUAUUGGGAUAUUUAGCAGCUGUUGGCACGGGAGAUGGACCUUUUUUGAAUAGUUAUGUGGACACUCAACAAUCCACCAAGACAGUGGACAUAUUGUCCCCUGUCCUCCAAAGUGUCCUCAUGGACAAUUUACAGUCAGAAGGACACAAAGCUGCAGUGUUGGACGUUCUGUCUCGCAUUGCGUGGCACUUGGAUGGACACAUGGACGACAAGGACACGAAGAAGAAGAAGAAGAGUACAAGGUGGACACAUGUUGUCCGUCUUCUAGUACAAGCACUGGAGCUCGUCCCACAUGACCAACUCUCACAGUCCACUUAUAAUGUCCAUGUGGCAGUGUUGGUGGACGUUUUAAGCUCUCAAAAUGUCUACAAUACCGAGCACGUGGCUUUGGCGACCAGAACGGCACGUUUCGUGCUCGAGUCGACGCAAUUAUUGAUUGAAACGAACGUUGGUGUUGUGACUUUGUUGCAGUCAUUGGAACAAUUGGCUCGAGCAGUACCCAAAGCUUUGUGGUCAUCUAUUUUUUUAGCAUCGGCUGCGUACUUUUUGAUAAGCGCGUGCGAGACACCACUCGAGCAGCAGUUGAUACUACGGGUGCUGCAGUAUGCACUGAUAUUUGGACGUGAUGUCGUUGCUGAUCACGGUGGUAGACGUACGGUCUACGUGGAGAUUUUGCUGUUGCCGUUGUCGGCAAUGCUUUCAGUGCAUGGCAGCGUCGUGUCUGAUUUACUUAAAAUGGUGAAGAAGAUCAUGUCGACGAGCAAUUAUUAUUAUGAGAAUGAGGUAACGAGCGAUGCACCAUUAACAGAGACAGCAACUCAUGCUCAUUCGGGUAUUCAGAUGAUUGGUGAUGAAGGAAGAUGCCAACGUUGGCUAAGUUCGUUGUUUUCUUCUAAAGACGUUAUAUCCAACAACUCGACAGAUAAUUGGUUACCGCUGCUGUUGGUGGCGCUGCUUUCUGAUGGACGACCUGCUCUUCGCAGUGCUGCUACUGAGUGUCUGGGGCGUCAAGUGAACAAUAGCCCAAAGUUUUGGAAUGCCGACGCCACGAAAGCAUUGGUGGCAAGUUUGGUGUUUCUCGUUUCUCAGCAACCGUCAGGAAAGGCCGAGGUGGUCUCAGGACGUCUCUUUGGUGAAUGGAUGACCUCGUGCUUGUAUUCUUUAGCAGCGCUGGCUGCUACAACAACCGAGACAAUGCGUAUCGUACUUCGUCUAAUCGAUAGCAUGAACGGUAUGGCAAAGACGCGAUCGAUGGCGCUGAAGCUCAUGUAUGAAGUGUGGCGAAACGAGUCUCGAGCCUUUCCAAGGCUCGAGACAAUGUUACUAGAACCAACCUUUCCAGGCGAAGAUAUUGCGCGCCACGUUGUAAGGAUAGCUUCCAUCAAAACGUUGUGUGAGAAAGACCCCGAGCUGGGCGUGCAGUUCAUUUCAUCCAUACAAGGAUUUCUUGAAGAUGAGCUGGAGUCGGUGGUUUCCAUGGCCAUGGCUGCUAUCACUGCGCUGUGUAAAGGAGACUGUUUGGACUUUUACGUUGCAUUCAAGAUAAUUGCCCAAAAAUUGCGCAAGCAUACGGUAACUUGUGCAGACAGACCGCUUUUUCAGGAACGCUUGUGCUGCUUUUACGCACUUGGUGGCAUUGACAGCGCUGCGAACGAAAAACAUGCUUCAAAGUUGCUCGACCAGGCUUGGGAGUUUGCAGACAGUGAACAUGCAAAUGUUCGGAAGUCUGCUUACGACGCGUUGUGCAAAUAUCCUUUGAAUAUGCUAGGGCUCUGUAUGCCGAAUGAUGAAAUUGCUGGACAGAAGAGUGACGACGAAGACGGUGCGACGGCAGAGGAAGUUGAGGAACAACUCGAUGAGCUGAUGGAGCGUCUUCAAAAAGAGCACGAUUUAGAUGUCCGCGUCGAGAUCGAAAUGCUGAUAACGAGAGUUAUUGAGCAUGAGAGCACAAAGCUUACUGCAGGUGUCGGACGAGGACAGCGAAUGGUGUCUGCAGCGUCAGGGGUCCAGCGUCAACAGCAACAGACGUUCCAGCAAGCGGGGUCAGUUGCGUGUAUUUCUGCUGCGGCCACCAAGGAGAUGAAAUUACUUUUACCGUCAAGAGCGGAGGUGGAGAGUCUGUUUCCUACAAACUCCACUACACCUGACUGGAGCGGGUUUUUGCUGACUUAUCAACCAAAGGCUUUGAUUGACAGAAAAAACGCUAAGCGCAAAGACAAGCUCGUUCGCCUUGCAACGCAAAAUGUGGACGAGCUGGUGGGGACGGUCUCGACUGUGCUGCAGUCUAUGGAACUUCCGUGGGCUUCUGUAGAUGCAUCAACAAAUGCUGAUAGAAGCUACAGGGUGUUCUUACGUAUUCAAGCUUUGAUGGAUGGAUGGAGAGGGUUCAUGGAGACAUAUAUAUUUUCGCUGGACGAACUGUCGGAGCUCAAGACGCCUAUUGGUGUUGAUGACGCCGAUGUCGCCUUUCGUGUAUUUUCGGAGGGUGUUACUAGCUUGUUUGACUUGCUGUUGAAUGAUACAUCGAACAAGGUAGGGGGUGCACUGGCUGCUGGUGCGUUGGCUGGAAAACUUUGUGAAUCAAGACAUUGGGAUAAUCCGCAUUUGCGUCAGAAGUACGAAGAAAUAAUAGAGGAGCUAUUGCUCCGACUAUCAUUGUCGAUCGAACAGGCUCGUGUAUUCUCGGCCUCCAACGGCAAUGCUCGCGUUUCAUCUCUCGGCGUUUCAGCUGCUCUUCAGCUUUCUUUUGGCCAACGGAAAAUCGAGCGCUGUAGUAACUUUUGCGUUCAAUUGGAAAAGAUUGAGAGCAUGUUUAUGGAGCUGUAUCACAACGAGACGGGUGACCUAUUAAGUUCCUGUGCUCUACUAGGAUUGAGCCACAUUGCUUUUCUUUAUACGAAUGGCUACGAGCUGGAACCAUUUGACGUAACUCAGUGGAGACACCAACGAGUUAAGCCAAUUGCUAAGUGUGUUCUGGAGUCGUUCCUGCGUACCAACCAUGUGAAGCAAUCGACCAAGUCUUCUCUAUUCCAUGGAGACGUGAUUUUCCCUCUGUCCGAGGCGACUGAAGUGAACACUUCUAUUGAUACAGUUACAUCAAAAUUUGAGCAAGCUUUAUCAUCCAGUGGUAUUUUAUUGCGUUGGACGUCAUUGAUGGGGCUAGCACGAAUAUCCAGUGGCUUCUCGAGGAUUAAACGUUUAGACUGGCUAAUGAACCUGCAAAGAUUUCUUACAGCAGUAUGGAAAGAUAAAGAUUCUGCCAACAUUACAGCUGUCGCAUUGGGACCCGUGUUGCUGCAGUGCGUGCAAUUCAACUUGACACCCUCAUCAAGUUUGGAGACGUUUGUUGCAACAUGCAAUCAUCGAGCUGCAGAAUGUGGUGCUGCCAGCCUCGACAGCGGCUUUCUGAUGAUGGCAGCAGCGAACGUGUUGUGUCGCUUGAAGUCUUUUGGAGGCUUUCCUAGCACGAUUCAAAAUCAAACCAAUCUGACAGUCAAACAAAUCAAAAAGACUCUUGAAAGUGAAAGUGUGCCAGAUCAGGCAGUGCACACGCUGAUGCUAUCUAGUAUCGCCAACUUCUUCCAUCUGAGUGUCGGCAUUUCUAGCGCAGCAACUCCGAACGUCGGUGUCAAUGUAGAGCUGACACUUGAUUUUGACAUCAUUGCCUCACUGGUAAAUCUAGCUCGAGAGUUCACGAAGAAGGAAGGGCAUUGUGCUAUUGCAAAUGCAAUGCUCGGUGCUAUUGCUCGCGCAGCCGAUAGAUUUUACGUUUCCCAAAAGAAAAAGUCGUUCGACGUCGAGCUUCGCACUCUUCCAUCAAAUAGAUUGCUAGUGAAAACGCUCGAGUGGCUGCGGCAAACGAGUCCAUCCGACCAUGAUUCCUCUCACGACGCAGUGAUGACUAGAUCGAACCCAGAAGCUCGCAUAGCAAUAUCACUGCUAGGCUGUCUAACAUCGACGGGAGCUGUACUACCAUUGCUGGACUAUGCGUCAUUAACACAUCGUAUAAUGCUGCGCAUGUGUUCUGUCGAUGUAAGUGUAGCAUGCGUUCGCUUCGCUGCUACGCAAGGCAGCUGUGACGAACUUAUUGCUGGCGAGUUACUUUCUAGCGGAUGGUUCAAAAAUGCCGACGCACUUCUUCAGACUGAGCUGAUGGCAUGGCUUUCAGUGGCGGCUACCCGCGUUCCAACUGAUGUGCUUGAGACCCUGCUAAUCACUACUUUUGACGUUCUCAAGGAUGUGUGGCAUCGUGAUACGUCAAGUAGCCGCAGUGUCCUUCUCUUUGACAGCUGGACUGCAAUGUUACGCGAUAUCUUAGACGCCAAGACAACUCGCCGUAUCCCAGAGAACUCUUUGGAAAUGGUCAUUAAAACAAUUCUCGAAAAAGUGGUAUUGGAGCUUCCGUUCGACGUGCAUGCUUCCUUUCUUGUGGAGCAGUUUGCACUUCGUGUUCUUUCAAAGCUGGACUAUGGUGCUCGUUGUCCAGUUGACAUUUUUUUACAGCCAAAUGUAGUGAACUCUUCCGUGUGGAGUUGGUGGAGAAGUGGCGUCUUUCUUGUUGAGCUAGCAAAGCUCGAGGCUUUUGCCGUGACCAAGUGCAAGACAGCACUGAUUUUUCAGUGGAUUUUACGUCAUGAUUUCAAUGAAUGGACAGAUGACACUUUUGUCGACAUUUACUUACAGCCGUUCACUGCAAAGAUUGGAGCUCUUAUUGCACACCACACGAAACCAUGUGAAACCGUAUCUUCACUUUUGGAUGUGAUCGACGCGUUUAGCCAAAGUAUGGCUUCACUCGACUCUUUUGUUCACUCGGAUGCCAUGAAACGUCGUGCACUGUUUGCUGUUAUGGCGUGUAUUUUAGUCUGGAACUCGACGAUGAGUCACGAAAAGUAUCUGCUUCAUGUCUCAACUGUGGAUAUUGCACCUCAUUUGCUUCCUUUUGGACUCAUUGCGUCUGGUCGUGAUGCAAAAAAUGUAUCGGCGCUUGGUGAGAGAUUGUUUGCAUUGUUGUAUCAGUUGACUCGUCUAAACAAGGACGAAACUGGGAGAUACGCAAGUACUUUACAAUUGUGUAGUCGGCAAAUGUGUCUAGCAGCAAACCAUUGGCAUCUUUCAAGCACGAAAACUCGUGAGAUUCGAGACUAUUGGAGUCUUAGAGAAACAAAUUGA